GGGACAGGGGAGCUUCCAGAGAGGCCCAUGACCAGGCCAUAGGGAUGCUGGGGCUAGCAACCAAAGCCCCUGGACCCUGUAAACCUGCUGGGCACCACAGAGGCAGAGAGAAUGAUGAGCGAGAGGAGAGUGGCCGUGGACUUGCCACCCGGAGCCAACUCCAGCAUGCCCCUGCAGAGGCACAGAGGGUCCCUCAGGGGGACACGCUCUCCAUCCUCCCUUGAGAGCCCCCCAGCUUCUAGAACCAGUGCUGUGGGUAGCCUCAUCCGUACACCCGGAGUCUAUGUAGGAGCAGCACCCAGUGGGUGCAUAGGUGGCCUCAGUGCCCGAGUAACCCGCCGGGCCCUAGGCAUCAGCAGUGUCUUCCUGCAGGGCCUACGGAGCUCAAGCCUUGCCAGUGUGCCCGCUCCAGGCCCAGAAAGGGAUCACACUGCUGUUGAAAACCUGGGGGGCUGUCUCGUGGAAUAUAUGACCAAGGUGCACACUCUGGAACAAGUCAGCCGAGAGCUGGAAACACAACUACGAGCUCACCUGGAGAGCAAGGCCAAGCGCUCUGGAGACUGGGAUGCCCUUCGAGCCUCCUGGGCCAGCAGCUACCAGCAGGUGGGAGAGGCUGUCUUGGAGAAUGCACGACUUAUGCUACAGAUGGAGACGCUGCAAGCUGGUGCCGAUGACUUUAAAGAGAGAUAUGAAAAUGAGCAGCCGUUCCGGAAGGCAGCGGAAGAGGAAAUAAGCUCCCUGUACAAAGUCAUUGAUGAAGCUAAUUUGACAAAGACGGAUCUGGAGCAUCAAAUAGAAAACCUGAAAGAAGAACUGAGCUUUCUGACAAGGAGCUAUGAAGAGGAUGUAAAGGUUCUGUACAAACAGCUGGCAGGGUCUGAACUGGAGCAAACAGAUGUUCCUCUGGGCACUGGUCUGGAUGAUGUCCUUGAGACAAUCAGAAUUCAGUGGGAGAGAGAUGUGGAAAAGAACCGAGCAGAAGCAGGAGCCUUGCUCCAAGCUAAGCAACAGACAGAAGUGGUCCACGCAACCCAGACCCAAGAGGAAAAGCUGGCCGCUGCCCUCAGCAUAGAGCUACAUGACACUUCGUGCCAAGUGCAGAGACUCCAGGCUGAGAUGGAAUCUUUACGGGCUCUGAAACGAGGCCUGGAAAACACAUUGUAUGAUGCUAAGCAUUGGCAUGACAUGGAACUGCAGAAUCUGGGUGCUGUGGUGGGCAGGCUGGAGGCAGAGUUGGCAGAGAUUCGCUCAGAGACGGAGCAGCAGCAGCAGGAACGGGCGUACCUGCUGGCAUGCAAGAGCCAGCUGCAGGAGGAUGUGGCGUCCUACAAUGCCCUGCUGGACAGAGAGGAGAGCAGCUGAUGGGAAACAUGAAAACAAUUUCCUCCUUCUGCCAAGAGAGCUACCACCUUCAGCAGCCCACCAGUAACGAUGCUUGAGGAACUUCUUUCCCUGCUGGAUUCCCUGGUUGACUCAGAUGAAGCGGGAACGCUUCCUAGGAGUAGAGAGGGUCCUUCUGCUCUCAUUUAAGUAGUCUCUAGCUUGAACAACCUAGGCCUCUCCAAAUAAAUGCUUUGUGUGCAA